UCAACAACAUGGCUGCGAUUGUCAGACAACGUUGUUGAGGAAUGCUGAAUGGCCUGGUCGUUUUUUAAAGGAAAUUCCUUGCAUAAAAAGAAGGGACGAGUAUUUUACAACAGGAAAGAUUCUCUGCAUUUAAGUUUACAAGAACCUCCAUUUAACAACAUCAAUAUGCCAAAAAAUAACAUCUUGACAAAGAAGGAUGAAAACUCAGAAAAUGUGGAACCAAAAGGUCGAAAUAAAAAAGGAAAGAAAGGCAAAAAGAAGGAUGUUCUGGAUGAAAUUGAUUUAGAUGAGCUCAUCAAGGCAAAUCAGCAAGUGUCGGACAAAACUCAAAAAGAAAAACAACAGGUCGCAAACUGCCCUCACAUGGCGAACAAGGAAGAGCACCAGUUUAUGUGUACAACAUGUCGUGUGAUUUGUUGCGAACCCUGUUUACGAAUGAAUCAUCAUGGGGAACAGCAUCGCUGGUGCGAGUUAAUGCCUUAUGAACCUUCAGACUCUGAAUGUACAAACGUAGAACACGAGGAGGAACUUACUCCCGUCAAUAUUCGAGGAAAAAGACGUUUGCCUGGGGGAUAUGUGAGUACGCGUAGACUUGGAACAACUCGGAAAAAGGAAUCAUGUACUUGUUGUCAUGGGAGUCAUAAACAUGACCCCAAAAGCUUAAAGCGUUUAGUUCCGAUUGAUUCCAGUCGGUUUAAUGACGCAUUGUUAGCCGUGGACGAUUCCAAGUCUAGUGACGACAGUGAUAGUUCUAAGACUACAAAUACUGAGGAAGAACAAAAAACCAGAAAAAAGAAAAAGAGAAAGAAAAAGAGUUUUCAGGAUCAGGAUCCAGAUGACAUUUUAACGCGUCCGCCACAAAUGUCGUUUACUUUUGCUAACGAGGAAACACUGAGGGAUAUUGCACGAGAGGAUCCACUUAUGGAGAAAAUGAAAAUAAUAAAUAAAGGUGAUUUUAGAAAAUUAUUCUGGGAGGAGGAGAUGAUUUUGGAGAGGAUGAGGAGUUACGCGGAACACACUCAGAGGAUGGAGAGCAUCGAGAAGCUCCGGGUGGAGGACAUCGAGACCGAGUGUGAACACUGUGAGGGGGAGUGUAAGAGAUGGCAGAUAUUCAAAGAGGACCUCGACCCAGAGGCCAUCCUCUACCUCAAAGAAAACGAUUUUGAUAUCCAUAGCAACGAGCCCAAUGAGAUCAGUAAGUAUGCUGAUCUCAGACUCGGCGAGUUUGUGGACGACGUUGAGGAAGAUGAGUAUGAUAGUGAGGAGGAAUUCGAAGCGUUAUCAGAUGAGUUUGAAUCGGAUCAAGGCUUCACGGAGGCCGUCCGCGAGUGGUUAAAGCUUCCACCACCGACCCGCCUGAAUUCUAUAGAAGAGGCCUGGGUGGCGCUGACCAAAACGUCUGCCACCAGCAUCCUUCAUCGGCUUGCUCCUACCGAGCGCAAAAAAUUCAUUGAUCAGGCAAUAUUUCUGGUAGAAAAACGAGACUUGGUGGACAUUGACACAGAUUUCAGUAAUAAAAACAAAGCAGAUGCUGAAUUCUUAAAAGAAAAUCCUGAAUUUGAAGUGGAUGAAAAAGCUGCUGAAUUGGAAAGGACAUGUGAGAAAAUUUUAUCUGGCAUUGCACAGCUAAAAACUAGAUUUCAGAAAAUAUAUAAGCGUAUCGUCAUUCAUCGUGGAGGGACAACUAUUGUUGAUAUUAUUCACACUAAAGUAGAGAAAAUAGGGGAAGACAUCAUCCAUUCAAUUACAAAUUAUAAUCCAGAAAUUCAUGGGGAGGAGCCAUUUUUUCUGAAUGAAGAAGUUGAAGCAGCUCUUAAUUUUGUCCAGGCCAGCCCCGUCUCAGCUGAGCUCCCUAAUGCAAGCAUCUUAAGAAAGGUUCUCAACACACAACUGAACCAUAAACUACUGAAGAGGCUGCUGGUGAAGCAGGAGAAAGAAAAACACCUCCCCAAGAACUGGGGAAAUCCGGACGGCACGGAGAAAAUCAAAACAGACAGUGAAUUUAUAGAAGAGGUGAAAAAAGAGCAAGAGGCUUCAAAAGCCAAAGUGAUCAUUACACAGGUGGACGAUUUGAUGAAGAUGGUGGAACUGGGUUCAGAUAUUUAUCCGUUUAUUGAACGACAAGAAAUAGAUCCUUAUGGCCCCAAAAAUUGUCCUCUGGAUAUUUAUUCGAUCUGCCCGAUUUCACCAGCUCUGACCUGGAUGCACAAAAUCGGGUCAGAAAGCAAUAUGCUUGUCACUGUUGGGGGAAAAGUAGUUCGUGAAUUGGACUUCCAAACCAGUGUGGAGUGCUUGACUAUGAAUAAGGAACGUGAGCUCCUAGCAACAGACCCACUCAAUAAAAGAGUGAUGAAGGUAACAAACAUUGACACUAUCACUACUACUCACAAAUUUGAGAAGUAUAUGCCACUUGGGAUCUGCUGUUCACGUGAAGGAAACAUUCUGGUAACGUUAAGUGAAGCGUACUACGAUUACAAUGUUCCGUUUGACAAACGAAGAUUUGUGGCCCGAGUGUCAGAUACAGGGGAACACUUGAUGGAAAUUGAAUUCUACAACCAAGAAAAAACCGAGCGAUUUUUUAUUGUACCGCGUCGAGUGACUGAAAAUAGAAAUGGGGACAUUAUUGUGGUGGAUAAAAUCCUAAAAAACGAAGGUCGCUUACAAUUUUUCAACAAGGAUGGUGUUGUUAUUAAGACGUUUGACGGACACAGGGAUAUUUUUGAACGUCACUUUGACCCGCGGGACGUGGCGUGUGAUUACAGACAUCGUUUGUUGGUUUGUGAUUACACGAAUAAUAAAAUAAUUAUAUUCCAGCCCAAUUACGACCUUUUCAAGGUCAUUGCUUCGUACGAGGGGGGCCUGAGGUACCCUCUCUGUAUGGGCCUCGACUCCAGCAGUCGAAUCUGGGUUGGGGGGAAGUUUGAAAAAGUAAUGGUGUUAUCAUAUGACAAAGAGAUUGAUGAAUAACAUUUACCUUUAUUUGUACAUAUAUGUGUACAUAUUGUUGUGGUGUUGGCAGAAUUGAUGCAGAAAUUGAAGAUUUGUUGUUAGACAUUGCUUUAAAAUAUGUUUUUGCAAUUGUAAAUUAAAUACUGUACAUUUGUUUGACUGUAAAUUAAUAUGUUGUUAAGUUUAUAAAUGAAUGAAUUUACAAUACUGUAUAUUGUACAAAGUUAAUGUAUUAAAUACUGUACAUUUGUUCGAAUGUAAAUUACAUUAAUACACAUGUAUGAAUUUUCUGUACAUUGUACAUGAUACAUAUACAGGAGUGUAAAAAUGAUUGUAUACUUUAACAAGUGUUGUAAACAUUGAUCAACUACAAUGUAUAAGAAUGUACCCGGUACAUAUAAAAUUAAUAUUUCUAUUUAGGAUAACUAUUUUGUUUUAUAACAUGUUUAAUGUCAUUUUAAUUUAACAUUUUUAGAAAAUGUAUAUAUACAUUAUAUAUUGCCAUACAAAAUAUUUUUAAUAUAUGGAAGUGCUGAUUCAGAGAUAGAAGGGCCAAUUUUACUCAUUUCUUAAAGAAAAAUAUUGUGAUGAAAUGGAUUUUUAAAAUAUUUUUGCUCUAUUUAAAACAUUAAUUUUAUGGAUGUAUUCCAUAUUUAGAUUUUAGGCAAUAUAUUUUAAAUCCUAACUAGAACAAUGAAGUGUGUAUUUGUCAUUUUUUUUUAUACGGUAAUUCUGUAACU